AUGGGCGUGGCGGACAAUGUAGCGACUGCUGCGAUUGCCCACCCAAUCGAUCGAAAUGACCCAGAGGGCCAAAGUGAGACCGUUGGCAACGUGUCUCGGGAUGACCUUGAAGACUCUAACUUGGAGUUUGUUGAUCCAAGAUCAGGAACCGUUGGCCCAAGCCGUGAGCCAGUCGACGCCGCUAUGGGUGUGGCGGACGAUGUAGCGACUGCUUUAAGUGCCCGCCCAGCCGGUCGGAGGCUGCGAAAGACAAGGUCAAUGGGUACUAGCGCUGGCCACAAAAAUCGUGUCGAGAAAAGGUACGCCACAAAGGAUGCGGCAGACGAUGCAUUAACUACUGCGAUUGCCCGCCUAAUCGGUCGGAGACAGCGAAAGGAAACGCCGAUUGAUACUGGCGCAGUCCCAGAUGGUGUCUAG